AUGAUUUCCGAUCUAGUCGCCCCCUACGGGCCUUAUCUCCUGCUGGCCCUGCUAGCUGCCUACUAUCUGGUCCCGUACCUACAGCUAUGGCGCCUGCGUGACAUCCCUUCCCCCAGCCUGGCCGGCUUCACCAACCUCUGGCUGGUCCUGCAGGCUCGAAAGGGCCAUCGCUUUCUCUCCGUGCACGAAGCCCACAAGAAAAAUGGAAAAUUGGUUCGCAUUGCUCCGAGAAACAUCUCCAUUGCUGACGAUGCCGCCAUUCCUCUCAUCUACGGACACGGAAACGGUUUCCUCAAGGCGGACUUCUACGAUGCCUUUGUCUCCAUCCGUCGCGGUUUGUUCAACACUCGCGACCGUGCGGAACAUUCUCGCAAGCGUAAGACCGUGUCUCAUACGUUCAGUAUGAAGUCGAUCGGUCAGUUCGAGCAGUACAUCCACGGCAACAUCGAGCUGUUCGUGAAGCAGUGGAACCGUCUCGCCGAGCUGCAGGGCAACCCCAAGACCGGCUACGCCUCCCUUGACGCUCUCAAUUGGUUCAACUACCUGGCUUUCGACAUCAUCGGCGACCUGGCCUUCGGAGCUCCGUUCGGCAUGCUCGAGAAGGGCCAGGACAUCGCCGAGAUGCGCAAGACGCCCGACUCGCCCCCAUCCUACGUCCAGGCCGUCGAGGUGCUGAACCGCCGUGGCGAGGUCUCCGCCACGCUGGGCUGCUUCCCGUCUCUCAUCCCCUUUGCCAAGUACAUCCCCGACCGCUUCUUCAAGGACGGCAUGCAGGCCGUCGAGAACCUCGCUGGCAUCGCCGUGGCCCGGGUUAACGAACGUCUGCGCCCCGAAGUCAUGGCUAACAACACCCGUGUCGAUCUCCUGGCGCGUCUCAUGGAAGGCAAGGACGGCAGCGGCAACAAGCUGGGCCGCGAAGAGCUGACCGCCGAGGCCCUGACUCAACUGAUCGCCGGCUCCGACACCACCUCCAACACCUCCUGCGCUAUCCUCUACUGGUGCAUGCGCACUCCCGGCGUGAUCGACAAGCUCCACCGCGUUCUCGACGAGGCCAUCCCCCAGGAUGUUGAAGUUCCCACACACUCCAUGGUGAAGGAAAUUCCUUACCUCCAAUGGGUCAUCUGGGAAACUAUGCGUAUCCACAGCACCUCCGCCAUGGGUCUCCCGCGUGAGAUUCCUCCCGGCAGCGCGCCCAUCGAGAUCUCCGGCCACAUCUUCUAUCCGGGCGAUGUCGUCUCCGUUCCCAGCUACACCAUCCACCGCUCUACCGAGAUCUGGGGUCCCGACGCCGAACAAUUCGUCCCGGAGCGCUGGGAUCCCGCCCGUCUUACGGCGCGGCAAAAGGCAGCCUUCAUCCCCUUCAGCACGGGCCCUCGCGCCUGUGUCGGCCGCAACGUCGCCGAGAUGGAGCUCCUGGUCAUUUGUGCUACCGUGUUCCGCCUCUUUGAGUUUGAAAUGCAGCAGGACGGACCCAUGGAGACUAGUGAGGGUUUCUUGCGCAAACCCUUGGGGUUGCAGGUGGGCAUGAAGAAGAGAGUGGUGGCUUAG